GGAGGAUUCAACCUUGUCGUGCCCUUGUGGAACCUGUUGAUUAGGUCGCACUGUCAUGAGAUCAUAUGAUCCAAGUUUUAUUCCUAACAGUUUGGGGGCUUUGUCCGAGAUACCUCACAAACAGGCUUUCAAAGCAGUCCAAAGGUAGAAUGUCGGACAUGUGGCCUGAGAUAUCUGGAUUCCUGGAUUGAUGCCAGCUUUUGCCGUAUUGCGCUGUACCAGCAGCAGUCUUCUGUUUUGGAGCUGGGGACCCGUUCUGUUUGCCCUUCUGGGCUCAGUGUUUGUUCUGCUGUUGCCUUUAGCAGGCAUAGAGGAGCAAUGCUGUGCCACGCUGAAGGGUCUUGCCCUUCUUCGCUGCCAGCUGUGGGGAGGUGUUCAGCGGCCUACAGUGCACACCACCAGCCUGACAGUCCCUUUCACAGCACUGGACCUGCUGCCACAGAAAUAUAAGCCUAGUAAAGAGACAAAAUUGGAGGCAAAGGCGUCUCUACAACAGGCUCUGGAGAUGAAGAAACAGGGGAAGAGUGAGAAAGGUCAUAAGCUACUCGUCCACGCACUCAACAUGAACCCAGAAUUUGUGGAGGCACUCACUGAGUUGGGAACCAUUCUAGAGGAAAAGGACGUAGUUCAAGCAGACCACCUCUACACCAAAGCCCUUGCCAUCUCACCUUGUAACGAGAAGGCUCUGGUGAGUAGAGACCGCACAUUGCCCUUAGUAGAAGAAAUAGACCACCGGCACUUCGGAAUUAUAGAUGGAAAGGUACGCCGUCUCAUGUCUAUACCAAAGGGCAACUCUGCCUUGCGUCGAGUCAUGGAGGAGACCUACUACCAUCAUAUUUACCAUACAGUAGCCAUUGAAGGCAACACACUCACCCUGUCUGAGAUUCGGCAUAUUAUUGAGACUAGAUAUGCCGUACCAGGUAAGAGUCUUCAAGAACAGAAUGAGGCUAUUGGCGUCGAUGUAGCCAUGAAGUAUAUAAACACCACUCUGCUGUCCCGUGGUGGGACGAUCACUGUCAAUGACAUCUUAGAGAUACAUCGGCGUGUUAUAGGCUACGUUGAUCCUGUCGAAGCUGGACGGUUCCGGACUAGCCAGGUUUUUGUGGGACAUCAUAUCCCACCACACCCACAAGAUUUGGACAGGCACAUGCAUGAGCUGGUGCAGUGGUUGAACUCCGAGGAGGCUCUCCAUUUACACCCUGUAGAGUUUGCAGCUUUGGCGCAUUAUAAACUGGUAUAUGUGCAUCCGUUUGCGGACGGGAACGGACGGAUGUCCCGACUGCUGAUGAAUUUAAUCCUAAUGCAAGCUAGUUAUCCGCCCAUCACCAUUCAGAAAGAACAGAGGGCAGAGUAUUAUGCUGCACUAGAUACAGCCAAUGAGGGUGACGUUCGGCCCUUUAUUAGAUUUAUUGCAAAAUGCACAGAAAUUACGCUUGAUACUCUGCUGAUAGCUACAACGGAGCAUGCAGUUGGGCUUCCUGGCGCUAGCAAUAAUGCCUGUCCUGAUUGCAAACAGACAAUACCAGUGCAUGGCUGAGAGAUGUUUUUUUGGCAGAAGGGAACAAACGUUUAAUUUAGGUGCCAUAUGAAUCACUCAGCAACUAAGAUGAUACUGCUUGUAUGGGAUUGCAUUUUAAUGUGUUUUUGUGAUGUGUAUUUAAUGUGUAGCCAAAUUUGUUACAGAUGUAGUGUUUGUAUUUGACAGUUUGAAAUGGUGUUCCUGUUUUCCCCUCAAAUGCAAUUGUUUAACUUUUAAAAUGAAAAGAAAGGCUUUCCAAAAGUUCAUGCUCUAAAUGUACUUGUUGGUGUGGUCAAACCUGGAGCUGAGCAACAAGUUCGAUAUGGUUAAAACAAUGAUUGAAUAGUAUGUAGGACAGAUUCAUGAGAUCAUGAGCUUUCUUCGUUAGCCCGCUAGGCGCAGCGCAUCCAGUAUACACUACUAUGUGUUAUACAGUUUUAGCAAUUUUCGUGCAUGGAAUUUCACCAACCCACUUGUGCCAUGUCCAUGCCCACUGACUUAAGCGCAAAACACUACGCUUAAGUCAUAGCACACUUAAAAUUGGGCCCAAUGCCUCCUUUUACAGCAACCAAAUCCUGCUGGAUUCUUUUCUGAUAUUUCUCUUCUUUAUUUAUUAUAAAAUAGAAUGCAUUAACUCUGUCUGUUUGGUAGAAAAUUACCUAAAAUGUGGUCAUGCAAACCUUAUGUGUAGUGUUUACUAUAUUUAUAAUUUCUCUAAAGACCAGCUUUCCUAAAGGAAGAUAUCUCUAAAAGACUCAAAUCUGGCUUGGAUUAAAUGCCUAUUAAAGAAUUCUUAGGAAAAGAACAUUUGUGAAGUACUGUAACAUUGUUGUUAGGAAAGAAACAUGUUCUUAUUUUAAUUUCCAUCAAAUUCAACUUGGGUCUAUUUGAAUAUUAUCAUCUCUGAUUUCAUUUAAGUGAUCUAAAAGACAUAUGUAACUAUAGUAAAUCAUCUAGAAUUGAUUAAACAUAUCUCUUUUGGAAUUUGGGAUGACCCUUGUGACCUUGACCAUGCCGUACUACUUUGGAAUGCUCCAAUAGCAAUGAUUUGUGUUGCAAGAAAUAUUCUAUCAAUUUCUUACUGCUGUUUAAAAUGUUAUUUAGUAAGCCGUUUUAUUGGUUGUUUACUGGUAGUAUUCAUUGAUGAAGUAUUUAAAAAUAACCUUAAGGAUUUAUUUAACACUUGUUGAUAUCUGAUAUUGUAAAUUUCUGUGUGCCUUAUUUUGGGCACCAAGGACAUCAAGAAGCACUUUUGUUUGAUCUAUUUAAACUGCUUUAUUUUACUACCAUAGAAAGCUAUUUUAUUAUUUAUGUGUAAUGUAUGUAAUAAAUUAC